AUGGGUCCUCUAUUACAUGGGCAGCCCUGGAGCCAGCCUGUUAAUAUGGACAGCUUGUGUGGCAUUCUAUCAAUGUUAGGUGCCCUUUCCUAUGCUGAACUUGGUACUGUCAUUAAGGAAUCUGGAGGGGAUUACAUUUAUAUUUUACGCAAUGUUGGCAAACUACCGGCAUUCCUCCUGGCAUACACGUCGGUCAUUGUGGCCAGACCAGCUGGCAUUUCUGCCAUCUCCUUAAGUUUUGCAGAGUAUGUGGUGGCAGCCUUCUACCAGGACUGCCCACCACCUCAGGUAGUGUUGAAGUGCACAGCAGCUGCCUGUAUCCUCAUCUUGUGCAUAAUUAACUGCCUCAAUGUCAGGCUUUCUGCCGCUAUCAUUAACGUCUUCACAUUUGCCAAACUGUUGGUAUUGCUGGUCAUAAUUGUAGGCGGUAUGGUCCUUUUGGCCCAAGGACACACUCAGGUCUUCCAGAAUGCCUUUGAAAAUACAGCUGCAGGUUUCGGACCAGUUGGAGUGGCUUUUUAUCAAGGACUCUGGUCUUACGAUGGAUGGAACAAUCUGAACUAUGUAACCGAAGAAGUGAAGAAUCCUGAGGUGAAUCUGCCACGAGCUGUGAUGAUCGCAAUUCCACUAGUAACAUGCAUCUAUCUCCUGGCUAAUGUCAGCUAUUUUGCAGCAAUGACUCCACAGGAACUUCUCUCUUCAGAUGCUGUGGCCAUCAGCUGGGGGCUAAAGGUGCUGGGCAGCUGGACUUGGAUUAUAUCUCUUGGGGUGGCACUUUCUACUUUCGGUUCAGCCAAUGGAACCUUCUUCAGUGGGGGCCGUUUGUGCUAUGUGGCAGCCAGAGAGGGCCAUUUGCCUGAUGUUCUGUCAAUGGUUCAUGUGAAGCGGCUCACACCAUCCCCAGCCCUGAUCUUCACAACAGUCAUCUCAUUAAUAAUGAUCAUUCCAGGAGAUUUCAGCACUAUCGUAAACUUCUUCAGCUUUACAGCCUGGCUGUUCUACAGUAUAACGAUUUUUGGUCUUAUAUAUAUAAAGAUUAAGAAGCCGGAUAUUCCCAGACCAUAUCAAGUUCCGAUCAUCAUUCCGGUUAUUGUACUUAUUGCCGCUGUGUACCUAGUCCUGGCACCCAUCAUUGGCAGUCCUCAGCUGGAGUUUCAGUAUCUCUACGUUGUGCUCUUUAUCCUCAGCGGAGUUAUUCUUUACAUUCCUGUGGUCUGCUAUAAAUGGUCUCCCAAAUGUUUCCAAUCCAUCACUCUUUAUCUGCAACUGCUACUGGAGAUCUCUCCAUGUGACAGAAAUGACUGA